GUCGUGCUUUGAGAAUGUUCAAAAUUACCAUGGCGUCGUAGUUGUUUUCAGAACGUUUGUUAAGCAAUUUUAACAUAAAGAUGCUUACCACAAUUAAUACAAUGGGGGACUUUAGUCGGUUAUCUGCCCUUGUCAAACAGGUGCUCGUUUGGUGGCGCUGUUGUCGAAUAGGUCCCUAGUUUACUUCCGUAUUACAGAUCGAUAACAGUGGUGAUAAAAUUCCGAUAAAAUUUGUAAAUAUUCAAUUGAUAUCGCAACAUGGCUUCAAAUUUUUGCACCUUAUCAUUAGGCCAGCUUAAAACGGAGCUAAGGCGACGCAAUGCAAAGUUGACUGGACGGAAGAAGGAAUUAAUCGAAAGACUGGAGGCAUAUGACAGAAACCAGAAUUUCAACAGGGAAGAAGAUCUUCUACCAGAAUUCAACAUGAGCCUGCCCAAGACUAGUGGAUACAGAGAUGUAAAUUCAGAUGCUAAAAUGGCACCAAUAACAAUGGAGAAGGCCAUCGAAUACAUGGACCAGUACCGGGUGGAGUUUGAUGCGAAGGUAAAAGACCUGUACGACGACAAGUUUCUUCUAUACAUGCGACUGUUUUCGGCACCAUCUCUGGACUUUGUUCGUGGGGCAUGUAAAGCAGAAAUGAGGAAGAAGGUUAAUUAUGUUGUAGACAUUUCUUUACACAAGAAUGGAUAUAUUCAUGAAGCACAGUGUGAAUGUGGUGCAGGAGAAGGCCCAUUUGGACAUUGCAAACAUAUUAGAACUAUGAUAUAUGCAUGUUGUAAAUUUGUUAAAGAUGGAGAAUUUAAAGUUGAGACAACAUGCACAGAAAAAUUGCAGUCAUUUCACAAAGCAAAAAAGCAUACUGGUUCCCCCCUUAAGGCUCGAGAUUUAAACUUGGGCGGUGCAGAUAUUUGUGACAUUAAAGAUUUUGACCCUCGGCCACAAAAAUUCCGUAAAGUUGAUGGAUAUCAAGACUAUUUUCACAAUAUUUGUAUGAAUUUUAGGGGUAUAUCAAAGACACCAAUUUUUCAGACAUUCAGCCCAGCCAAUAUUCGUGCAAUUUCCAAUGACCAUGAUUAUUUUGAAGUAUCUCAUGAAGACAAUUUCCUGGAACAAUGUAAAAUAACCAAACUAAGUGACAAGGACAGGGAUGAUAUUGAAAUGUAUACUAGGGGACAAAACAAGAACGACCGAUGGUUUGAAGAACGAGAGAAAAGAAUUCAGUCAUCUAAUUUUCACCGUGUGUGUACCGCAACAGAAAGAACUGACUUACAUGACUUGGCAAAGUCCUUUGUUCGGGGAAAAGGAUUAAAACCUACAGAAGCAAUGCGCCAUGGAAUUCAGUAUGAAAAGGACGCCAUCCAUCAAUAUGAAAGCAAAAAUAAUGUCAAAGUAAAACCAUGUGGGAUAUUUGUAUCAAAAAACCUUCCGUUUUUAGGUGCAUCACCCGAUGGCAUUGUAGAUGAAAACCUACUUAUUGAAGUUAAGUGCCCCUUCAGUGCUAAACACAAAAAGAUAUCACCAGUCACUGUGCCAUACUUGAAGGAGACAAAUGGAAAUAUGACUUUGAGUACUAAGCAUCCAUAUUAUUUUCAAAUUCAGGGUCAGCUGUUCUGUGCAGAAAGACAAUUUUGUGACUUGGUAAUAUACACCUUGAGUGAUAUUUUGUUCACUAGAAUUCAUCGGAAUGAGAACUUUAUUGCACACAUGAUAUGCAAGCUUGACCAGUUCAAUACUUCACAUUUCAGAGCCGCAAUUCUUGAAAAGUACUUUUAUAAAACUUAAGUGUUUUGAACUGUUUUAUAACAACUUAAAGCUGCACCCUCACAGAUUGACUGUUGUGAAAUAUUUUUAUUUCUUUUAUCUUAGAAUAAGUCUUAUAAGAUAGUUCACAAUAGAAUGUAUCUCUAUCUCAUUUAUUUGGAAUCUGUUAGAAUAAAUUUCAGUUUUUUAAAGUUUUAGUUUGAGAGUGCAGCUUUAACUCUGACUUUGUUGAUUGAAAACUAUUUGUGAACAAUGUAUCAUUGUGAAACACUUGUUUCCAUUUAUUAGCUGUAUAUAUGUAUAAGGUCUUAGUUGAAUGUAAAAUAAAAAUGGUUUAAUGUUUUA